AUGCAUGACAAACCAGUGAGCAUCGUUGCUAUUCUCUCGGCUGCAAUUGCCCAGGACAAGUACUGGGAAAAUGCCUUUAAAAAGGCCGUGGCAAACGCCCAGAUUGAGGCCCCAAUUGCAACCAAGAGACACGGCAUCACCUCUCUCAACGGGUUUUACACAUUCCUAAGCAACCUCUUAACAUGGGUGCCUGUGGAAAACAGCACCUCAGGCGAGGUCCUCGAGAGGCUAAUGCUCAUUCACUUCAUUUUCAACCAAAAGCCCAUAUACAAACUGCAAAGUCCAAUCCACCCCUCCACGGCAAGAGCGCCUUUGUCCUGGCUCUCUCAGUGGAUGAUAGUCUACGCAAAAUGCCUAGGUCUCUUUCUCGACACACCAGACUCCCUCACCGAACAGUCGUUGCAAACGUUCAGAGGAUCACCACACUAUCGACUUGAAGACUACAUCGAGCCCGAAGGCGGCUGGAAGAGCUUCAACGAGUUCUUCGCGCGACAAAUCAAACCUGAUCGUCGCCCGAUAGCCGAAAAAGAAACCCCGCCCACCAUCGUGAGCCCUGUGGACUGCGGAUUUGCGGGCUCCUGGCCAGUGGACGAUACUGGACGCGUUACCUUCAAAGGAAUCCCCUGGGAGAUGACCGAGCUCCUCCAGGACAGCCAAUACGCGGACGAAUUCAAAGGGGGAACAUUCAUGCACUUCUUCUUAACGACUACCAAUUAUCACAGACAGCAUGCGCCGGUAUCCGGGCAGGUCCUAGAGGCGAAGACAAUCCAAGGACAGGUCUUUCUGGAGGUCACUCCAGCGGAGGGAUCAUUGGAAUCACGAAGGAAGAGCAAGCCUACGGGAAGCUCGUUGAUCGCUGUCGAUGGAGAAGGCUUCCAAUGGUGUCAGACGCGCGGCCUCGUUGUGCUUGAUACCCCGGUGGGCCUGGUCGCAGUUCUACCUGUUGGGAUGAGCCAGGUGUCUUCUGUGAGGUUUACAGUUCGUGAGGGCGAUGAGCUACGCAAAGGAGAUGAGAUGUCGUUUUUUCAGUUCGGUGGGUCUGAUGUCGUGCUGGUCUUUCAGCAGUCGAGUCAUGUGGAAACUUUUGUUGAUCCUGAUCAACCGCUCAAAAUGGGCGAGAGGAUCGGAAGGUCUAUGGCAUAUUAA